AUGGAAAAAAAAUAAGUUAUCCAUCAUCGAAACCACUUGAUUCUUAUUUAUAUGUUUUCUUUAGAAAAAUUAGAUAUUUUCAAAAUUGAUUAGAUAAAUAAAUUGCUUAUGUACAUUGGAUUUCAGGCAUCUUUUUUACUCUACUGUUCUGCCAGAAAAUAUUCUAUUACUGUAGAGAAACUAGAUUUUGAUUUCGAAUUUUUAUUAGAACCAUAAUCUAAUUUUGAAUUCGAUUAAUUACCACGAUAAGUUAAUAGUAAUUUAUUUUUUUAAUGGUAGAUGGAACACUUAUCUUUGGUUUAUUUUUAGAAGGAUGUAAAUUGGAUUAGGGUAAAGAAAUGAUUGUUGAAUCUAAUGAUAAAAUACUUAUAACCUUAACAAUUAUCAUCUGA